CAGCCAGCAAGCAGCCCAGGUGGAACCCGUUCUUCAGCCAGCAUCGUCGCAAACUUGCCCUGCCAAACUUGCUUCCCCAUCGCCAAUCUCCAAAUCGACACAGAGCCAAAGAGCCAUCACGACCUUGCGCCUGCAUCGCACUUCCCAGCACCUAUCAGUUCAGUGCAAAUUCGAGCGCCAUUGUACUACCGGGUGCAAAGCACUCUUGCCUGCCACCGUUUAUCACGAUCCAUACCGAGACGACUGCAAGAUGGCUGCCUCAUCCUCAUCUCAAACCCCUCUCCUCUACUCCUGCAUCGCGCACAACUCGACGAUCCUCUCCGAAUGUACCACGUCCGCCUCGUCCCAGACCUCCUCCCUGGCCUCGCUCAUCCUCCCAAAGAUCGCCCACGACUCGCCCCAGAAGUUGACGUACACCCACGGCUCUCACCACAUCCACUACAUCUCCGAGGCCCCCUCGGCCCAUCAGUCAAACGCCUCGGCCGGCGGCCUUACCUUCCUCGUGAUUGCCGACUCCGCGCUCGGUCGUCGCGUGCCAUUCGGCUUCCUGUUCGAGAUCCGCAAGCGCUUUUUUGAGGAGUUCUCGCCGCAGACCACCGACUUCAGCGACAUGCCUAACUAUGGCGCCGGGUCCUUCAACAGCGAGCUGAAGAGCCUGAUGGUCGACUUUGGUACCACAAGCGGCGGCCGCGAGGAUGCCAUCUCCAACGUCAAGCGCGAGAUGGACGACGUGCGAGGCAUCAUGACGCGCAACAUUGAGGGCCUGCUCGAGCGCGGCGAGCGCAUCGAUCUCCUCGUCGACAAGACGGACCGUCUGGGCGGCAGCGCUCGCGAGUUUCGUGUCCGUAGCAGGGGGCUCAAGCGCCAGAUGUGGUGGAAGAACGUCAAGCUCAUGGCUCUGCUGGCGCUCGUCAUCAUCCUCAUCAUUGUCUCUAUUGUCAUUGCAGUCAAGAACGCUGCUAGCUGAGGGGCUCUACCGUGAGCUGUUGAAAAGUUACAGGAACUGGGGAUUAAUGUUUCGGGGGGGUUUUAUUGUACAAGUAUCACGCAGAGUGUGAUUUGCUCUUUCACGAUACUCGGGGUUUCAUUUCUAGGGUCACUUGCUAGGAGUUCCUGGUGGCGAUGUUCUUGAAAGCACACCACAAAGCUCCCGACAUGCCUUGGCCACGUCGCUGCCCCAUAAGCAUACAUUCGGAAGGGGUCUUUUCCUUAGCACAGGCGUUUGUUAUCUCAUUUCGAAGGAUUCCAAUAUACAUCUAUACCCAUUCUCUCACUUGCCUCGUUUAUUUCCCUUCUAUCCGAAGAAGUGCGAGUCAGGAAUUGCUCGAUUCAAUGUGACAGUGCCUAACAACGCUAAUGCAAAUCGCAUUCUCGCUCGCGCAUGUGUUCAAUACAUGUUCCAUGAAACGAA